AUGGCAGUUACUAUAACAGGGCUUAAGACUCCUCCCGUCCUACACAUUUUUAACAGGCGAUUUACUCUCCGACUGGCUAUUUUACUUUUAUUCUUGUUAAUUGUCUGCGUGAGCAACUUAUGGAAAAUCUUCACUCUAGAUAUAAGCGAAGAAGUAGUCAUGACGAACGAUGAUGAAGAGGAAAAAUUCAGGUUUGUUGACUAAUUGUUGCAGGCCCAAACCUGAGCAAAAUUUGAGGUUGAUGAGGAAGCAGUUUGUUCGAGAGUAAGAGGGGCUGGUAUGAUUUAUUUUCAAGUUACUUUUCCUGUUUAAACAUCCGCCUCGCUACUAAGGAAGAAUGAGUACUAAAGCUUUCGAUACUAACUAGUUUUAAAUUUGUUUGGGUCUGGAUGUUAGUCAUUAUCAGCCUCGUCCCCUGGCCAGGUCGGGCAGUGCCAGUGAGCGGAGGAAGCUAUGAACCGAGCCCAAGGAGAAUUUACCAUUUUCAUAAUGCUCCUUGUUUACUCUCCCCUUGUUUUUUAUUUCUCUUGGGACGACUUUAAUACCCAAGAGAAAUUGGAAACAAUGAUUAUGCAAAAUUUGGGGGGUAAACAAGGCGCAUUAUGGUCUAUAUGAAAAUAGCGAAUUGGGAAAUCACGAGGUCGACUAAGGACUAGGCUGCAGUGGUAUCUGAAGGUCACUACCGUCCUCCCCCCACCAUUGACCUAUCAAUAAACUUAUAUUAGUUAUCCUCGAUUUAUCGUAAUAGAUAGGACUAAAACUUUUACUCCCCAGUCAGGAGUCGCGUUUUAGAGAGCACUAUGUGCCUUAUAAAAGUGGAUUGCAAUCUAUUCUCCGCAUGAUAAGGAACCUACAUUAUAUUAUUUUAUUCGUGCGCAAUCUGUUUUCCUUGUUCGCAGAACAACUUCCAGAAACUGUCAACCCAAGCACAACGUACUUUUUCUAAAAACGCACAAAACUGGAAGCAGUACCUUGACCAACAUACUGAACCGCUAUGGGGACAUACACAACUUAACCUUCGCGUUACCGCAAGAUGGUCUUUAUAAUUUCUACUGGCCCUUACCAUUCGAGAAAUCAUUUAUAAAAGACAUGCAGGGAAAGCAACCUAACAUCUUGUGCCACCAUGCCAGAUGGAACAAGAAUCCAAUGAAGGAGUUGAUGGCCCUGGACUCAGUUUUUAUCACAAUACUUCGAAAUCCUGUCACGCAAUUCGAAUCCACUUUUUCCUACAUGGGGUUUGCACACCUUUUCGGAAUCGAAACAGGAAGAGAUUCCAUCGAAGCUUUUAUAACUGAUCCUAACGGUAUCAUGGCAAAAUUUGCAAACAGUUCACUAGCAGAAAAUGUCUUUCCUUAUCUUAAUUUGUUGAAAAAUGGGCAGGUUUUUGACUUAGGAUUGGCCAGUAUUCAUUUUCAUGACGACGAGAAGGUAAACAUGGCCAUAGAUGAGAUUGCUGCAAAUUUUAACCUAGUACUUUUGAUGGAAUAUUUCGAUGAAUCUCUCGUCUUACUUGCCAACGAAGCAUGCUGGGAUGUACGAGAUGUUGUGUACUUCAAGCUUAACCAGCGAAAAUCCGCAGACAAAGAAGACAAAUUUUCUAACGAACUCGUUGAAAAAAUUCGUUUGUGGAACCGAGCCGAUGUGCUGCUUUAUGAUUAUUUCAACAAAACGUUCUGGAAUCAAAUUAAAAAGUUAGGAUCCGCGUUUAAAGAUAUUACAAUGAAGUUUUGA